AACGUUAUACGCAUAUCUCGCAAUGUAUGUUUAUCUAAAAAGGAAGUAAAUCAUGCAGAUCUUGUUAAAAUGAUGAUUAAAAAUAGUUUGCAUGCAUUUAGUUUUAUCAUUGUGAUGUUAAGUAUGGUUUGUGAUUCUUAUAAUACAAGAGUAAUGCAAGUUGCAUAUGAAGAAGUCCUGUGUGAGUGCAGUGAUGACGAAAUGUUAAAUCCUGGAAAACUAGACAAGGGGACAUGGCAGCCAAGGGCUUCAGAUAUCCUUGCACUUUUUGAUCAACUAAAGGACAAAAAGGUGCUUGAGCUCAGCUGGAAAUGUCCUGGGAGACGGACUCCCAAAUCUGAUGAGCCACAGGAAGAGGAAUCCAAGGUCGAAGAGGUCAAAACUCCCACCAAAACAGACGAGCAUAAGCCUGCUAUACCAAAUGAGUUUGACUUUGAUGAAGGGCCAGAAACUAAAACUGUCAUUACCCCAAGAAGAACACCAGGAUCGGCACCAAAAUCUCAAAAGAAGGUAGCGCGCAUGGAUAAAGUACUCAAAGACAUGAUGCAGCAGAGGAAGCAACAGGCUGCAGAGCGUGAUGCACGCAAGCAGGCAGCAAGCACAGCCACGGGUGGAGCCAAAUCCCCCCGGACAAAUUCGGGCAGUCCCGGACGGGCCCGUAUAGGAAGUCCAGCGGGUAGCCCUAGAACACCCCCGUCUGCCGGAGUGAAUCGAAUGUCUCCGGUACGACUCCCGGGUGAUCCAAUCACAACAACGCCCCUACGAGCUCCCUUGCCAGAUAAUACCCUACUGGCCCAAAACAGGGCAGUAACUAGCGAAGUGGAAAGGAACGCUAAUUUUGCUGACUCUACAACAGCUGGCACUUUAGCGGCAUAUACUAGAGUUACUUCUACAGUGCAAAGCUAUUCGAAUCAUACUUCAGCAGAGAACAUGAAUUCUCAGAUUUCUGUAUUCUCACAACAGCAGCCACAGGAUCUAGUAAUUUCCUGUGAUGUUACCAGUAAUAAAACGGUUUCUGCAAAUUUUGUUCACACCACCUCUGCAGUUUUGCCAGAAACAAUGCCAGAAAGCAUGGAUAUGUCUUGAAAAUUGAUUUCAUAUUUUAUUUAAAUAUUUGUAAGCUGUUUUUGCUUGGUAUUCUUAAUGUUUGAUUUCACUGUAACUAUUAUUACAAUAUGUCUACACAAAUUAGGAUUCUAUGUUUAGAAUACUCUUUACUUUUUGAAGCCUACCCAUCAGCCAAAUUUGUGUAAGCAAUUAAUAAAUAAUAAAACAUUAUUUGCAUAAUUAUUAUUUACAUGGUAUUUAAUCUGCAACUCGCAAGUUUGUUGACACUAAGUCUGAUGUGUAAUUAACAAUGCUUUGACCAGUUCAGAGGCGUUCUAUAAUGUUUGAUAUAACAAGCUUUAAAUCCAAAGUAUAAAGGCAUUAAGUAGAUUUUAAUUUCAAGGAAAUGUUUUGUGUAUUUUUCUAUAGGGACCAGCCAGAUUUUUAGCUCACCUGAGCACAAUAGACUCGUGGGGAGAUUUUGUGAUCACCUUUUGUCAGACGUGAGUUUUGCAGCAUCAACAUUUGCCUUGGUAACACUUUAGAGGCCACAUGUAUUUUCU